GACAGCCAUGUACAGUGUUAUGGUCGGGUUGUUGUCAUCCUCCCUGUAGUCGCCGCAGUGGAGCCUUGUGCAGUCAGGCAGAGUCCGGGGCAGCCCUGGCGGGGUCCUUCCUGCUGCCUCCUCACAUGUGUAGCUGUGUGUGCAGGAUCCACGGGUGUGAAGGAGCAGAGUCAUGGCGGAUCAGGGGUUAAUCCUUAAUAUUUCUGAGGCUCCUGUGAAAUUUUACAAGGGGAACCACAACUCCCAGAGAUCCCAGCAGCCUAAAGGAAAGUGGCAGCAACGUAAAGAGUUAAAAAGAAAGCGGCGAGAUGUCAGCGAGGGGCCUCCACCUAAGAAGCCGGGACCUCCAGCUCCUUCCAAAGUCCGGAGCAAAGAGAAACCCAGCAAGAAACCGAAGCCAGAGUCCAUGCCCAAGAAGUUGCAGACGGGGAAGAACGAGGAGCGUCCGAAGGGGCGGCCGACUAUCAAGACGUCUUCUCUCUUCAAGAACAAUCCGGAGCUUCCUGACAUUGAGAGAUUAGAAGUGAAGCAGGUGCAGGAAAAAGUCUUCUCCUCGGAUUCCUUCUUGGAGCUCGGGUUGCACCCACAUCUGGUGGCCACCCUGACAAAUGUCUUGGAAAUGAGCAGAAUGACCAGCGUCCAGAAGAUGACGAUCCCGCCGCUCCUGGCUGGAAGAGAUGCCAUGGUUCGGUCUCAGACUGGAUCCGGUAAAACCUUGGCCUAUGGCAUCCCCCUAGUGCAAGGGCUGCAAGGAGUCACCCCAAAAAUCCAGCGCAGCCACGGUCCGUACGCCCUCAUCUUAGUCCCGACCAGAGAGUUGGCGCUGCAGAGUUUCACCAUAAUUCAGAAGCUCCUGAAGCCUUUCACAUGGAUCGUGCCCGGAGUUCUGAUGGGUGGAGAGAAGAAAAAGUCAGAAAAGGCCAGGCUACGGAAGGGCAUUAAUAUUCUGAUAUCUACUCCCGGGAGGCUGGUCGAUCACAUCAGGUCUACGGAGUGCAUCCACUUCACCCGCAUCCGCUGGCUCAUAGUGGACGAGGCGGACAGGAUUCUGGACCUGGGAUUUGAGAAAGAUCUAACAACCAUCCUGAACGCGCUAAACUCCCAGAGUGAGCGGCGGCAGAACGUACUACUGUCAGCAACGCUAACCCAAGGGGUGACCCGACUGGCUGACAUCAGUUUACAGGACCCCAUCAGUGUGACGGUGACUACGGAAGAUUCCAGCAAUAAUGCAAACGCCAAACCCAAGAUGGAGCAGACGGACGGGGACGCACCCGACUUCGCUCUGCCGGAGAAGCUGCGCCAGCACGUGGUGGUGGUGCCCAGUAAGCUGAAGCUGGUCACGCUCUCCGCCUUUAUACUGGGCAAAUGGAAGAGUAAUCCAAAACCCAAAAUGAUCGUCUUCUUCCCGAGCUGCGAGCUGGUGGAGUUUCAUCACACGCUGCUCAGCCGCGUCCUCCCCCUCCCUGCACCCGACAAAGACCAGAAGGUGAUACUGCGACUACACGGGAGCAUGGACCAAGAGGAGAGGACAGAUGUUUUCCAGCAGUUUACUGCGGUCCAGGCCGGGAUACUACUGUGUACGGAUGUUGCUGCUAGGGGACUGGAUCUCCCCCAAGUUACCUGGAUUGUACAGUAUAACGCUCCAGCGUCUGCCGCAGAGUAUAUCCACCGUGUUGGUCGUACAGCCAGGUUGGGCGCCCAUGGCAGCAGUCUGCUCAUCCUAAUCCCAUCAGAGGCGGAAUACAUGCAGACCUUAGGAGUUCACAAGAUCAGUGUAUCAGAGAUGAAGAUGGAGGAGAUCUUAUCCAAUCUACUGCUGGAGGACUUCUUAAUAAUCAAACGAGGAAAGAGGGCUGAGACGGCGGACCCCCAGGCUGUACGAGAGAGGGCCACAGUGUUACAGACAAAGUUUGAAGACUACGUGCACGGAAACGCCGAGACGUCACUGUCUGCGAAAAAAGCCCUGCAGUCCUACAUUCGCUCCUAUGCCACCUACCCCAGGGACCUAAAGCAGAUCUUCCAUAUCCGUUCCCUGCACCUGGGUCACGUAGCCAAAAGUUUUGGCUUGAGAGAUGCCCCGCACAACCUCACCCAACAGCUGGCCGGAAAUUCUAAGAAGCAAAAAGCAAUGAAGUCCAAGAGAAACGAGCAACAGAAGACUAAGAGAGUGAAGCAGAGAUUUUCCGAACUCCUGACGUCAGAAUAUUCAAGCGGGCUCCCCCAGAGACCGAAAAAAGCAAAGACGCCUCGGAGCGACGAUGAGACGUCCUAAAGUGUGGACGGCCGAUGGAGAGAAAAAAAAAAAACUUUUCAUGUAAAUCCUGGUGUUUUAUUGUUGCUCAGUUUCAUGGAGUUGUUUGCUCUGUUCAUCAUGGGCCUCCUGGUUCACAAACAGAAUGCCAGAAUUGACGGUAAAGACUGACAGCCGCCGUUUUAGCGUCUAUAUCUUGAAUUUAUACAGCAUUUUGUAUUUCUCAAACAGGGCGUUCCAGCUGUUGCAAAACUACAACUCCCAGCAUUGCCGGACAGCCAACAGCUGUCCAGGCAUGCUGGGAGUUGUAGUUAAGCAACAACUGGAGGCAACCUGGUUGGAAAAUACCGGUUUGGGCAAUAACUUAUGACACGGCAGGGAGCUUCAGUACCCAAUACGGAGGGUAGAUACAGAGAAGAUAAUCCAGUAGAUGGGGCCCAUGUACAGCAGGGAAUGUUGCUUUGGUUUUUGCCAUUCAGGGUCUGUGUAAAAGCUGGAUGACGUAUGGGAUUAUUUUUUGGAGGGGGAAAAAAACUUCUAUAAAUAAA